CAACCUGCUUUCCCUUCCUGUGGAUGGCAGUGGGCACUUGCAACUGGAAAAGCAAGAUUGCUGCACGCUCUGUCACGUGAAAAAGGCCUGGGUUCUGACAUGAGCCAGGCUUCAUGCAGUUCCUCUGGGAAAGGGUUUCUGUUGUAUAUUUCCCUUCUUGAACACAUACACACAUACACAUUGGCGGGUCAGUUGAGAGACAAGAUACCUACCCACCGCAUGUGCAAUGGCCUAAAUGGGAAGGGCCACUGCAGAUACAUUUUUCUGAGAAGGGCCCAGACAACUCAGAGUGACUUUAUUGGCAUGACUACAGGCCAGAAUGUUAUCAGAGUGUAGCAGAAGGUGAACACACAAGCACACACUCCUGAUACAAUGUCAGUUUGGUGGCAGGGAGUCACCUCCCUCCUGAAGACUUCUCAAAGGUCGGAUCCUUUUAUUGAGACUUGUGUAGCAAAGGUUUUUGUAGAUUCUUCAACCUUGAAUGGGUUCAGCUUUGGGAGAGGAUAGUAUGUAGGACAUUGCUGAUUGUGUUUGGUUUUGUGGACCUGUGUGAUGGGCAACUUGGACAAGAUACAGAGGCUUUGUCAGCAAAAAGAAAGGUUUUCUAAGUUGCUGCUAUGAGGAAACCUCGGAGGAGGUCUCGGCAGGCACUAGACGGGAGACGUUCUCCUUCACCAUACAGCUUGAAAUGCUCACCUACACGGGAGACUCUGACAUAUGCCCAAGCCCAGCGAAUAGUGGAAGUUGAUAUUGAUGGGCGUCUCCAUCGCAUCAGCAUUUACGAUCCUCUAAAGAUAAUCACGGAGGACGAGCUGACUGCCCAGGACAUCACGGAAUGCAACAGUAACAAAGAAAACAGUGAACAACCACUGUUUCCUUCAAAAUCCAAGAAAACUCAGUCUAAAGGCAAAAAAAAGGAGUCAUGUACAAAACAUAUUCCUGGAACAUCUUUCCAUCUACCCCAGCCCAGCUUUCGGAUGAUUGACUGCUGCAGUCAGCCAGAUGCUCCACCCUUGCCUGCAGCAUAUUAUCAGUACAUUGAGAAACCACCUGAGGACAUUGAUGCUGAAGUGGAGUAUGAUAUGGAUGAGGAGGAUUUGGCCUGGCUUGACAUGAUCAAUGAGAAAAGGAAGAAUGAUGGCUAUGGGUCAGUUUCUGCAGAGACCUUUGAACUGCUGGUGGAUAGGUUGGAGAAGGAGUCCUACUUGGAGAGCCGUAACAAUGGGGCCCAGCAGACUUUGAUAGAUGAGGACGCUGUCUGCUGUGUUUGCAUGGAUGAUGAGUGUCAUAACAGCAACGUCAUUUUGUUUUGUGACAUUUGCAACCUGGCUGUGCAUCAGGAAUGUUAUGGAGUGCCCUACAUCCCUGAGGGGCAAUGGCUUUGUCGCUGCUGCCUACAGUCCCCUUCCCGCCCAGUUGAUUGUGUUUUGUGUCCAAACAAAGGUGGGGCCUUCAAACAGACCAGUGAUGGUCAUUGGGCCCAUGUGGUUUGUGCCAUCUGGAUCCCAGAAGUCUGUUUUGCAAACACUGUGUUUCUGGAACCCAUAGAGGGGAUAGACAAUAUUCCGCCAGCUCGCUGGAAGCUAACUUGCUAUAUCUGCAAGCAGAAAGGCAUGGGAGCUGCUAUCCAGUGUCAUAAGGUGAACUGCUACACUGCCUUCCAUGUUACCUGUGCCCAGAGGACUGGUCUUUUCAUGAAGAUUGAGCCCAUGAGGGAGACCAGCCUUAAUGGCACAACGUUCACUGUGCGCAAAACUGCUUAUUGUGAGGCACACUCCCCUCCUGGCACAGUGAAGAAGGGGUGUACGGCUGCUGUUUGUGAAGGAGAGGAGGGUGUUGCAAAGAAUGAGGCAGAGGAUGAUAGCACUCCCAAGAACAAGAACAAAGUGAAGUUGAAGCAGAAGGUAAAGAAGGAAACCUGUGCUUCUGUUCCUCUGCUGAUGGUUACACAGAUCCCUUCUUAUCGGCUGAAUAAAAUCUGCAGUGGAUUGUCCUUCCAGAGAAAGAACCAGUUUAUGCAGAGGCUACACAACUACUGGCUGUUAAAGCGGCAGUCAAGAAAUGGUGUCCCACUGAUACGGCGGCUGCACUCUCACUUACAGUCCCAAAGAAAUGCAGAACAGAAAGAGCAGGAUGAGAAGACCAGUGCGGUGAAAGAAGAACUGAAGUACUGGCAGAAACUGCGGCAUGACUUGGAAAGGGCCCGGCUGCUCAUUGAAUUAAUUCGCAAGCGUGAGAAACUCAAACGUGAACAGGUAAAGGUUCAGCAAGCUGCUAUGGAGUUACAGCUCACACCUUUCAAUGUGCUGCUGCGUACAACACUGGAUCUACUGCAGGAAAAGGAUCCGGCCCAAAUCUUUGCAGAGCCUGUAAACCUGAGUGAGGUUCCAGAUUACCUGGAAUUCAUUUCCAAGCCAAUGGAUUUUUCCACCAUGAGGCAGAAGCUGGAGUCCCACCAGUACCAAACACUGGAUGAGUUUGAGGAGGACUUUAACCUUAUUGUUACCAACUGCAUGAGGUAUAAUUCUAAAGACACCAUUUUCCAUCGAGCAGCUGUUCGGCUGAGAGACCUUGGAGGGGCAAUAUUGCGCCAUGCGCGGAGGCAGGCUGAGAAUAUUGGCUUUGACCCCCAAGUGGGGAUUCACUUGCCUGAAUCACCAAAGACAGAAGAUUUUUAUCGUUUUUCUUGGGAGGAUGUUGAUAAUAUUCUCAUCCCUGAGAACCGGGCUCACCUUUCCUUAGAGGUACAAUUGAAGGAGUUACUGGAAAAGCUAGAUAUGGUGAGCACCAUGCGGUCAAGUGGUGCCAGAACCCGUCGCAUCCGCCUCUUGAGGCGUGAAAUCAACUCCAUCAGGCAAAAACUGGCUCAGCAACAGAAUAAAACCAUGCCGAAUGGAGAUCCAGCUCCAUGGGAGGAGGGUCUGGAGAGAAUGCUAAAAGGAGAACGGGAUGAGGAUGGGGAGAAAGCAGAUGACACCAAGCCCCCACUUCCCCCCACCCUGGAGCCCACAGGACCUGCACCCUCCCUAUCGGAGCUGGACUCUCUGCAGGACCCUCCAACUCUCAAACCCAUUAGCGAAAGCAAGUCCUUGAACAGACUACAUAAACGGCUGAAGUCCGAGGGUGAGCUCUUUGAUAAGAAGACGCUGCAGAGGGAGAGCCACGCCUUCCAGCGCUUGCUCAGCGACAACGGCCUGAACGGAUUGGCCCUUCAGGCCACGGGCACUUCUGCUAGCCCCCCGUUUAGUGGAGUGGGCAGGCGGACUUCUGUCCUUUUUAAAAAAGCCAAGAACGGGGUGAAACUGCAAAGAGAUCUGGACUGCCCCAUUGAGAAUGGAGAGGACCACAGCCAGAGUGGGCAGCUCUCCCCCUCCAGAAUAGAGGGUGAGCGGCCAUCCCGGAAACGGCCACAGAGUGGGAGCUACAGCGAGAGCGAUGGCGAGAAAUCCCUCAGGCAGGCAGGAGUGACAGCAGCAGUGACCAAUGGCUUCAGAAAGCCUGUGGAAAGCGGGUCUGACUCAGAGUGCAGUUCUGGCCUUGGCAGCGUUAUCCCGUUUGAUGUCUGUAGUGGUCUGACUCCACGCAAACGUAGUCGAGGAAAGCCUGCUCUCGCCCGGGUCCCAUUCUUGGAUGGCGUAAAUGGAGACUUGGAAUACAACAGCUCAGGUAGAAACCUACUGAUGCCCUUUGAGGAGCACACUGAACUAGAACCACUGGAGCUUGUGUGGGCUAAGUGUCGUGGCUACCCUUCUUAUCCAGCGUUGAUAAUUGAUCCUGAGAUGCCACGAGAGGGCCUGCUUCACAAUGGAGUCCCAAUCCCUGUCCCCCCUCUGGAGGUAUUAAAGUUAGGGGAGCAGAAACAGGCUGAGGCAGGAGAAAAGCUUUUCCUUGUCCUUUUCUUUGACAACAAGAGGACGUGGCAGUGGCUUCCACGGGACAAAGUGCUUCCUCUUGGGGUUGAUGACACAGUGGAUAAACUAAAGAUGAUGGAGGGACGAAAAACCAGCAUCCGGAAGUCUGUCCAAGUGGCAUAUGACCGGGCCAUGAUCCAUAUGAGUCGAGUUCGGGGAGACCACCCUUUUGUCACACCAAAUUAUUUGUAGGGACUGAAAAAGCCUGCUUUGCCCUUCCUUCUCUCCCCAGAAAUAAUGUCUGCAUCUAUAGGCACAGUGAAUCUUGGUGUGCACUGAUCAGUAAGGGGUCCUUCCCUGCCUGGAGGAGGGUGCAACUGCCAUGUUUAUUUGUGUUCUUAAGAGAGAUGCACUAUUCUUAGCAUUAGGAAAAGGUCUCUUAAAAGUACCAACCUGAUAUGUGCCAAAAAAGCCUGUCUGGGUUCUUUUUGAAUAUGUCUCACUGAAGAACCAGAAGGAGAGGAAGUGAUGUGAUGGUCUGACCAGCAAGAGGAUGUCAGGAGCAGCUGCACUGUAAAGCUGUGGCCUUGGCAGAAUCUUAGAUCAGGUUUAAAUGGCAAAGGAGAAGCUGAACUCAUUUGCUGGUUGGACUUGAAGUCUUUUGGGUUUUUUGUCUUCAACUAGUUCUGAAGAAUUCUCUGGAGCCUGCCAGUACUAUAAAUAACCCAGUAUCCUUUAGAAGACUCUUGUGUGCCAAAUUCACAGUAAUAUUUAUCAUACUUUUUCAUGUUAUUUUUAAAAGCAUUGGUUUGCCCCAUCACAUUUAUAAAUGUACAAUCUAGUCUUAUGAAUCUCUGGUCUAGAUUUAUAUAUGCUACACAUUUUCAUUUUAAAUCUAACCAACAUAAAAGAUAUGGGAUAAUUUGCUGAGUUUUCGCCUCUCCCUCAUGCACGCUUACAUGCACAGAGCUUUAACGAUGAAGAAGCAAUUGCUUUGUGUGUGUGUGCGCGCUCAAAUGUAUGAAGUAGGUUUUACAUUUCAAUUCAAUAUUCCAAGGAUCUUCAACUUCAGGUUAAUACAUUGUUUGAAAAGGACAGCACAGUAUUUUAAAACUUCUUUUAGAAAGCACUUAACUUUUUGCAAUACAUUUUUAGACAUUAAGGUUUAUUAGCGCAAGAGGAAAACACAACCUUUAUGGUUUUAAAAUCUUCUAGCUCAUAGCCCCAAUUCAGUGGCACAGCACACAGAGCUCUCUCUGAGUAAGGACUGCCCCAUUCACCUCAAUACUCUUAAAAAAAAACAACCCACCCCACCCCACACAAUCUGUAAAUCCAUAUGGCUGCUAGAUGCUGGAGCAGCCUUUUGGAUAUCUAGAGGUCAUGAACCAUGUGUAUAAAUCUAGAUCCAUGUACACACUGUUUCUAGUAGGACUGGAGGCAUCGUGCACCUCACUACUACAGUGACUGGAGCAGAGCACCUGACUACUACAGUGUACCUCACUGUAGGCAUCAUGCAGAGUUUUCUCCAGCUCUGAAUAGCACAGUCCCUACUUGCAUCGAUUACCAUAAUGAAGUGUGCAGCUUUAUAUUUGGGCAUCAGUGUCAGCUCACAAUUCCUCUUUACCCUGAAAAUCUUUGGGUUUGAAUCAAAAUGCUGUCUGUCUGUCUUGCUCAUCAGAACACAUUGCCGUUUCACCCAUGGCUUUCCUGCUCUGUUCCUGCUCCUUUCUUGGGAUCUGUUAAAAAUAGAGCACAGCUCCUCAGAGAAUUCUAUUUUUUACCUUGCAUGUUCUGAAAAAAGAUAAAGAGCUGAAGUUUGCAAGUUAAAUCAGAAUUCAAACAUGAAAUGCUUUGUUAUCUAGAUUUCUUAUUUUAUUUUAAGCAUUACAAACCAAAGGUGCGAAGCAAGAUUGUAAUUUGAAUGGAUCAUCAUUUUUAUUUUAACUCAAUAUUUUUAUUAUUAUUUUACAUUUUUUCAUACUAAAGAGAUCGUGGAACAAAAUGAUAAUAAUAUGGGGGGGAAAUCACUGCCAUUUCUAUGUGGCCUACUUUUUUAAAAAAGUGCCACAUAUUAUAUAUUGGGACAUAAAACCACACUUUAUGGAAAAUAUCUGUAACAUAUAAAGAAGGUGAAUAGGAUUUUUUCUCUCUUAAAAAGUCAGUAAUGACUGUGGAAGGAACUUUGUACAUAGUUGUAAAUUACUGUUCUAAAUUAUUCAGGCCGAUUGUUACCAUUCUUGAAGUCCUCAGUUGUGUUGCUGGGUCUUUUGUAUGCACACAGUGUAAUUAAUUUAAAGAGACAUACACUUUUCCCAGGUUGUAGCUCAGCUGUGGACUUGUGACCUAUGUAUAACUGUUUUAAGAUCUUGCAUUUUACUUUUUUCAUUUUUAAAAAAUUACAUUUUAAGGAUUUGAAUUGGCUAAUAUCCUGCUGUUGCUAUGGGACCUACACGUGACGUCAGUCUGCUGUAAAGCACAGAUGGCUCUAUUUAUUGUAGAAAGUGAGUUUAUUUGCUUUCUAGAACUGUUUAUAUCAGAUGGUAUAAGAGGUAAUACAAUUCUAUGCUUGUAAAGAAAAAGAAAAAGCUAAUUUUACCUACUAUAAUCUGACUGUCUGAAACUAUAUUUUCUCUCUGAGAAAUAAAUGUUCUAAUGUAAAA